GGCCUGAGUUGUGUUCCACCAGACUUUGCGCUGCGUAAGAUGCCGAAAGUGCUGAACCUCAGUUCCACCUGGGAGUUGCUGCGCUCUAGCGGCUUCGAUUUCAGGAGCAGCUUCAUGGCUGGUGGCCAUGGGCAUGGCUCCCAAGAGCAGUACUACGAGGACCAGUUCCACCAGCCUGGAAGCCACGGACACGAGCAGUACUAUGAUGACCAGCACCAUCAAGAGUACUAUGAUGACCAGUGGAGCCAUGGUCAUCAUGGUCAUCAUGGCCAUCAUGGCCAUCAUGGGCCCCAGGCUGCCCAUGGCCAUCAUGGCCAUCAUGGCCAGCCAGGUUACGACCAGGGCUACGACCAAAGUUCUGGGGAGGCUGCCGAUGCAAAGCCCGUCGACAGCGCUGCGCCCAUGUCAAUGGCACCUGGCGAAGAAGGUUUCGAAGAGCUACCAUCUGUGGAGGGUCCUGAGAACAUACCACUGGAGGCAGGUGGUGGGCUGCCACCGCCCGAAGCGGAGGAUGGCUUUGAGGCUGAGGGUCCAGAGGUGGAAGAGGUGGAGGCCCCCCUGGCCGCACCGUACAGCGACGAGAACGAAGGGGGCGACCAGGCGGCUUUCGAAGAAGGAAGCGGAGAAGGUCCACCACUGAUGUUGGUGAACAGUGAAGGGCAGAACCUGUUGGCCAAAGAGAAGACAAGGCAGCUCAUCAACAAGGUGAAGAUCUUGUCCAAGACCUUGCAGGCGAAGUUGCCCGCUUACGACGAGGGCUCGGACCUUCCAGAGAUGGAAGAUGAGAUGCGAGAGAUUUGCAGGGCCAGAGAGGUGGAGAUCAAUAAGUUGGACCAGGCACGCACCGCUGCGGAGAUUGCACGGCUGGAGAAUGAGGAAGAGCCGGGAGCAGGGGAUGAAGCAGUCAUUGAAGAGGAGGCGAAGAAGAUCCGAGAAGAGUGGCCCGGUGACGAGUUUGAUGAGCACUACGGCUACGGACCUCCCCAGGGGGAAGCUGACUAUGGCUAUGGCCCCGAGUACGGCCCCGAGGGCGGCUAUGGCCACGAAGGCUACGAGGACUAUGGUGGCCAUGGAGCACACGCCGAGCCCUAUGCAGAGCAUGGGGCUGCAGCGGGUGGCAUGCCAGUGGCGCAUGCCAUGUGUCCAGUGGUGGUUUUCCCCACUGUGAGAGACAGGUGUCGUGAGAGGUUUGCAGGUCGGUCGCGACAUGCGCGACGACACGCCGAGUUUCUUUGCCAGGUUUACUAGGGCAAAGAAGUCAAAAUCAUUUAGGUUUUCUGACG